AUGGCACGAGUCUGCUGCAAUGGAGUUCCCGACUCAUUUCUGGAUAUGCCUGGCCCAUUAUCCAGCAGUAGUGAGAGUGUGUUGGCUCCUUCGUCAAGUCCCAUGCCAACACAAGCACCCAUGCCAACACAAGCAACAGCACCACAGCCGGCACCGGCGCCAGUGCCAGCGCCAGUGCCAGACCUCAAUCUCGCGGAUCUUGAGCUGAUGAUGAACUGGUACAGCAUCGACAUACACCCUUUCUCGACCAAUUUAGAAUACAAAAUUGUCUGGCAGGAAGCACUUCGGCGGGAAUCGGCCACAUAUCCGUUCUUAAUGCAUGGAAUUCUAGCGGUAUCUGGUCUUGAGCUUGGACGAAGACCAGGGUGUAAUAACGCCUCCAAUAUCAAACAACAGCUAUAUCUGGCCCUCGCCCUUGGCCACCACUCUCGGGCUGUGGCUCUAUUCCAACCAUUGCUAGGAAAUAUCAAUGAAGAAAAUUGCAAGGCUGUGUCCCUGCUCUCGAUCCUUCUUACUGUCUUCGCAUUUGGAUCCUCGCAGGUCUUGAACGAAGGGGAUGCCUGCAACUCUAUCAGCCAGCUCCAUCUUGUCUUCCUUCUUGCAAGAGACAAUUACACCCCGUGGCUACCCCACGAUGCAAUGACAGCGUUACGGAAGCUCGGCCAACACAAUAAGAACUACAAACGAUACACUGUCCAGAAUGAGAAGAAUGCUUACGGGGCUGCCAUAGGCCAGGUUCAGUUCAUAUUCAAGCAGGUUCACGGUGGUUCGGCAAGGCCUAAUCCAGUGGCUACAUGGGCAACAACGGUGCCUCCGCUAUACCUGGGGCUUAUGAGGGCACUUUCAACCUCGAUCCAGGGCUUUGAGUGGUCUUCAAUCCGGAAAAUUGGACUUACUUCACAGAAAUGCACUUGCGAUGUUGCUACCAUUGCCAAUCGCCAUAUAUAUUUCUCUUGCCUGAGACGAGAGGGCUGCAUUGAAAAUUGCAUUGAGUGGAAAAAGUGA